AGCUGUUUGGUGUGAUCCACAAGCGACGGCAUGAAACUUUUACAGCGUUGAGUCGUCUUCGUCAUUGGCAGCACUGAAUCGACAUGUGGAAUCCAUUUAGAGCUCUCCCGCGCUAGGUCGGGAAGAUUUUCGUUUGACGUCUUCGCCGGAUAGUUCUUGGUUCCCACGCCUGAUAAUAGGUCGCAACGACAGCAUGAAUUUCCUCGCGGACCGCCAGACUAAGAAGGAUCUCCAAGCGAAACUCGAUGACCAAGCUGUCAAAAUCCAACGAUAUGAAACCAAGCUCAGCGAUCUGGUGAAGGCCUACAAGAGACUGCAAGCCGAACGCGACACAUUAGAUGAAACAGUCAAGGUUCUAGCGACUCAGAAGGAACCCUCCGAUGCUCCCGCACCGCAGAGUGAGGAAACGCAGGAUGGCUCGUCCCGAGGUGGUUCGAAUCAUGGAGAUCUUGCUCCCUCAGAAGUUGCUCCAACACCCACCGGGGCUAGUGAUGAUCUGUCUCAGGUCAAGAUCUCUACGUUGACGAAUGCCCUCGCCGCGCUUCGGAUCGAGAAAACGCACUCCGAGCAAGCAUUCCACGCCGAUAAGAAACGUUUACUACAGGAGAAACUGGAGUUGACGAAGACGGUCGAAACGCUGAAAAAAGACAUCGAUGAGAAGAACCAAAUUCUGGUGCAGACUCAAGCGAAACUUUCCGAGGAAAAACAAUUCCGUCAGAAGGAGGCCGCAGAUAACCUCGCGAUGAUGAAAGAAUUGCAGAAGAAGCUCACCGAAGAACGUUACGCGAGGGAUAUCAUACACAAAGAUAAUUUGAUGAAAUGGGAACAGAAGUGCCAAACUUUGGAGGCCCAGAUCAGCCUGCUCAAGGAGCUUCAGGAGGAGCGGAAGGAACACACCGAAAGCGUUUCGUCGGAAAACCCGCAAGAUGGUAGGAAUUUCAACGAUUCCGGAAUACUCCCGGGAGCUAGGGAGCUUCACCGAGCCGAUUUUCACCUCCUUGUAAUUCCAGAAAUCAUAAGAGACUUCGAAGCCCGUUCGGCGAGGGAUGCCGCGAGAGCGAACUCGGCAGAGGAGAAACUCCAGAACUUCCAGACUGCUAAAGAAGAACGCAUAGCGUCUCUCGAAGCCCAGGUUGAAGAGCUCAGCGGAACCGUCGCAUAUUACGAUCGAGUGAUUCAACAAUCUCAAGACACCGUUCAAAAUCUUCGGGAAGAGCUCGCGAAGGCGCACGCACAGCAGAAGGUGGCGGCAAUCUACUCAGCCAUCGAAGAGGAAUCUAAUCACGAUGUGAGCUCACUAUUGAGCUCGCUGGGUCGCACAUUGGCUAUGCUCGGCAGUGCGAAUCAGCGCUCCCAAGAUUCCGUGACCGAUCUGCCCCUCGAAGUGAACCGCUUACUCAAUAAGCACGCCAUUGACAUCCACAAGCGAUGUUCCCAAGAUGUACAUGAUAUUAAGCAGGAAUUCGAAAGUUAUAAAGAAUUGCACAGUACCAGCUGCUCGAAGAGUCAUCGGCAGGUGGCGCGAACCAAUUCCGAGGAGACUGAUAAGGUCGCCAAACUGACUGCGCAACUGCUUGCCAAGAAGCAGGAACACAACGAGAGCAUCGCAGCGCUGAAUCACACGAUAAGAGAAUUGCAACUCUCGAUUGUGGACCUCAAGACCAGACAUCGCCAAGAACUUACACAGGUCGAAGCGACUUGGCGGUCGCGACUCGCAGCUUCUGAAGAAAGCAUGGCACGUCAACGCGAGAGAAGCAUGCAGCUGCUGAGCGAAAGGGAGCGGGAUACCGAUGAUUUGACCUAUACCGGAAAUCCCCGACAGGCAGCGCAACUUCUGGCGACCAUAUCGAAACAACAGCAACGGAAUCAGGAACGCGCCUCAGUGUCGUCGUUGACGAAAACUGCCGAUGAAGACUCAAUGCUGGCAGAAUUGUUUAGUCUUUCGAAGUCUACAGCCAUGGGAGCGGGGGGAGCGAAAAUUGAAAUGUUGCAUUACACGCAUGAGAUCGCCCGGAAAACGGCUGAGAUCCAACAACUUAUCAAAGAGAAGAAGGAAGCCGAGAUGACUAUGUACCAACAGCAAUCAAUGUUCGGGGACCGCGAGCGUCACUACAAGGCGGAAAUCGAGGCGCUGGCGAGGACAGUGGAACUCCAAAAGAGCUGUUCUAGUCUUAAAGAGCUCGAGAAACCCUACCUGAAGAACGUGAUACUGCAGUUCAUGUUGUGUCCGAGCUCAGGACCGAAGCUGCACAUGAUCAAGGCCAUCUCAACGGCUUUGGAUUUCACGCCUGAAGAAGAGGAUCAAGUCAAAACCGUUCUACAACGGAAGCGACUUUUGAGCGCAGGGAAAUAAUCCAUCGAAGUGUUACCUUGUCCUUGAUGUUGAAGCGCCCGGCCAGCCGCGCACAGCUUCCCGAGCGGCGAAAAAUAAACGCGCGGAAGUAAAUACU